UGCUAUUGUUCUCACCAUCACAAGGGAAAAACCGACAAGAUGGCAGCUGCUACCAUUUUACAGGCUACUAUUCCAACAUUGGAUCAGCCAAUCGUUGAUUACUUAUCAGGUUAUGUUGAAACACCUGAUGUAGAUCCCGUAGAAGAUGUGAUUGCGUUCGUUCGUUCUAUGCUGGAAUCAGCAACAUUGAAUGAUGAAAAGUCAAGACAAAAGAUCGAUGAUGCCAUUCAAAAGAUUGCAAAACUUUUACCUGAACAACCUUCAACAAGUGCUGCAGGCUUAAGGCGUGUCGAAAGAGUUGUCGAUAUGAGUCAAAUGGAUGAAAGUAGAACGGCAAACUUUGAACGAUCAGGUCAAAUUGAUAUCACACAUGGUGGUGUAAUCAAAGCAUCUCGUGUUGAUGUUGGCAAAUUGGCAAAACAAGAAGCAAAAACUAAAGCUAAAUUGCAUAAACGUGCUCAACGUGACUUAUACGAAACCAGUAAAUUGGUCGAGAAUAUGCGCAAACAAGAAAGCUACGAAGAGAUGUUCUUGCGUGUUAACCCACUGGAGAGCAUCGGUAAUAGGACCAAGAACAAGGAUAUUCAUUUACCCAAUAUCGAUGUCAACUUUGGAAGCAAUCGAUUGUUGAGCGGUGCUACAUUGUCUAUGGCACAGGGAAGACGUUAUGGUUUGAUCGGUAGAAACGGUAUCGGUAAAUCUACAUUGCUUCGACACAUGGCUUUGCGUGAAAUUCCCAUCCCCAAUCACGUAUCUAUCCUUUACGUCGAACAAGAAGUCACUGGAGACGAUACACCGGCUCUACAAGCUGUUUUGAAAGCCGAUGUCUGGCGUGAGAAGCUUAUGGACGAAGAACGAAGUAUCACUGCAGAACUCAAUGCGCUCGAUGAAUUGGCCACAAAGGAAGUCAACCCUGCAGAGACAAAUGGUCUAGCUCAAGGCAGUUUGGCUGAUAUGAACACACGUCAACGUGAAAUCCGAAAGGAAGAAAUUUCUGGACGAUUGGGAGAAAUUCAAGCCAAACUUAUCGACAUGGAAGCUGAAUCAGGUCCUGCAAGAGCUGCAGCUUUGCUAAGCGGUUUGGGUAUCAUGGAUAAAGAUCAACAGAGACCGACAAGCAGCUUCAGUGGUGGUUGGCGUAUGCGUUUGGCAUUGGCAAGAGCUUUGUUCUGCAAGCCUGAUUUACUCAUGUUGGAUGAACCUUCGAAUAUGUUGGACUUGAACGCCAUCGCCUGGCUUGAAAAUUAUCUUGUGGAACAAUGGACAGGUACACUUUUGGUCGUUUCCCACGACCGAGCGUUCUUGGAUGAAGUGGCAACGGAUAUUAUUCACAUGCACUCGCAAAGAUUAGAUGCAUACAAGGGUAACUUUACCCAAUUCAACGAAACCCGGGAAGAACGGAGGAAGAACCAACAAAAAGAAUACGAAGCAUCUAUGGCCAAACGUGCCCAUCUUCAAGCAUUCAUCGAUCGUUGGCGUUACAAUGCCAACCGUGCUGCUCAAGCACAAUCCAAGAUCAAAGAAUUGGAAAGGAUGCCAAUCAUCGAAGCUCCCGAAGCGGAAGAUAUUGUCAAAUUCCGUUUGCCAGAGACAGACAAGCUCAGUCCACCUCUGUUACGUUUGGAUUCAGUCACCUUUGGAUAUUCUGCCGAUAAGGUUCUCCUGCGCGAUAUUAGCUUUGACGUUACCCAAGAAUCACGUAUCGCAAUCGUCGGUCCAAACGGAGCUGGUAAAUCUACAUUGAUGAAAUUAUUGAUGGGAGACUUGACACCGAGCAAAGGUGAUCAACAAAGGAACAAUAAACUUCGCGUUGGUUUCUUUUCACAACAUCAUAUUGAUCAAUUGGACUUGAGCGUGAGCCCAGUAGCAUUCUUGGCAGCCAAAUUCCCAGGUAAGACGGCAGAAGAAUAUCGUGCUCAUUUAGGUGCUUUCGGUAUCACCGGUUCAACUGGUUUACAACAAAUUGCCACUUUGUCCGGAGGUCAAAAGAGUCGUGUUGCAUUUGCACAAUUAAGUUUGAUGAACCCACACAUUUUAUUGUUGGACGAACCUACGAAUCACUUGGAUGUUGAAGGUUUGGAUGCUUUGAUGGAAGCAAUUGAAAAAUGGAACGGAGGUGUGAUUGCAAUCUCUCACGACCAAACGUUUGUUAAUCGAGUAAUGACGGAAUUAUGGGUUGCAAAUGAUGGUACGUUGAAGAAAUGGUACGGAUCGGUGAAUGAUUAUAAAAAGAUCAUUGUUGAAUCUGCACGUAAAGAUGUAUCACACUAGAUUAAAUGCAAUCAAUACUUUUACCUGAG